UGAUGGGUGAGGAUAGAUGUUGAUGGGUGAGGAUAGAUGUUGAUGGGUGAGGAUAGAUGUUGAUGGGUGAGGAUAGAUGUUAAUGGGUGAGGAUAGAUGUUGAUGGGUGAGGAGGGAUGUUGAUGGGUAAGGAUAUAUGUUGAUGGGUGAGGAUGGAUGUUAAUGGGUGAGGAUAGAUGCUGAUGGGUGAGGAGGGAUGUUGAUGGGUGAGGAUAUAUGUUGAUGGGUGAGGAGGGAUGUUGAUGGGUGAGGAUAUAUGUUGAUGGGUGAGGACAGAUGUUCCCAUUUAGCGGCUCUGAGGUGAACAGAGGGGGAAGCCUUCACUCUGAGCGCCCGGCAGCUGGUAGGAAGAGAGCGAGGAGAGGCCGAAAGGGGGCGAGGAAAGGAGACGAGGACGCCCCUCCGCCUGUUUGGAUCGCAGCCUGCUCCGCUCCUUCCAAUCCGUUCACCUCCAUUCACAGUAAAUACAAGCAUGGAGGCUUGACUGUCGGGAUCUAACGUCGAGCAGCGGGGGGUAGAGACACUGCCGCAUGCGCCACGGGGAGCAGACGGGACGUAAUCAUCUGUUACUGGGUGAUUUUGGUGUUCGCUGGGAGCAUGAAGCGGAUGGCCGCGGUGGCCAGGCACAAUGGCCUCGUCUCUCCUUUGGGGAACAACAACUCCGGGGCUUCGAGCAUCGUCUCCCCUCCCACAGCCAGAGCCACCAGCGCCUCCGCCUGCUCCGACACUCCGGCCGCGGGGGGCCCGGACGGCCUGCUGGAUUUCUCUAAAGGCCCCGCCGUGAAAACCGAGCUGGUGUGCAGAUGGACCGAGCGAACUUCUUCGAAGCAGAGGCUCGGGCGGACGGCGACAUCCGUCUGCGAGCAAACUUUCAGCUCCAUGCCGGAGCUCGUGGACCACGUCACCAGCGAGCACGUAGCGGCGGGGCUGGAGAGUCUCAGUCAUGUCUGCAUGUGGGACGAGUGUCUGCGCGGCGGGAAGGCGUUCAAAGCCAAAUACAAACUCAUCAACCACAUCCGCGUGCACACCGGGGAGAAGCCCUUCUCGUGCGCGUUUCCCAACUGCGGCAAGAUGUUCGCGCGCUCCGAGAACCUCAAGAUCCACACGCGCACGCACACGGGGGAGAAGCCAUUUCAGUGUGAGUUCUGUGAACGGCGCUUUGCUAAUAGCAGCGACAGGAAGAAGCACUCGCAGGUCCACACGGCUUCGAAGCCCUACGACUGCAAGGCGCUGGGCUGCACCAAGUCCUAUACCCACCCCAGUUCCCUCCGCAAACACAUGAAGAUCCACGUCAAGUCGUCGCCUACCUCCGAUCACCAAGACUUGUACAGCUUUGGCCACCAUCAGCUCCAGCAACCUGUCCUGGAACCUCUGGAUCUUAAAAUGAACCACUUCUCCUCCCCCCUUGCUAACGGAAGUGCUCCUUUUCCCCUGCUGGCCGCUCAUGAAUUAGAUCUGGGCUCUGGCAACCAAGUGAGUAGUAAAGUGUUCCUGCGGAGUUCCUCCCCAGUGGCAAUGCCCCUGGAUCUGUCUCUUUCUGGCCUUAAGAGUCAGCUAAGCCAGAAGCAGCAGAACUCCAGGACCCCGAGGCGGAGCCAGCGCUCGGUCAACCCGGCCUUAACUCAGCUCUCAAACAUUAAGGAGUGGUAUGUCUGUACAAGGACUACAGCACCGCACUACCCACUGCUUCAUCCUGACCACAUCAAAACAGAACGCAGGGACGAGGACGAGUAUGUGACGUAAGGUGGAGGAGCCGCUUCUCUGAGGCCGAGAACAGACAGUGGUUUCACUAGGGACUCACCUCUGGGCAUCGGUGACACAUGGAGUGUCUCAAACGGAAAGCUCAUUUGAUUCUGAAACCAGUUUUAUUACCAGCUCAGUGGUUUUGUUCAAUCCAGUGUUCCCGAGGACGAUGAAGCUAGAACUAAACCAACAGGGUGUAUGAACUUUCUAAUCAGUCUAAGGGCUGACGUAAGGGAAGCGAAUGCAAGGGCUAAAGCAACGGCAGUGUAAAGGGCAAACUGGAGGCUCAGCAGAUCCAAACAGGGGGCGGGCUUCACUGGUUUCUAAACAAUCAUCAUCUGAUCCUGCUGCCAGCGGGACAGAAGAUGGAGCACUUUGUUGGAAUUUAGCUGAGGCCUUUAUUUAGAAAGAAAGAGCAGAAACCGGGUCAAGGUGUUAACUGUGAUGGUGCCUGAUUCUGAAGAACCUCAUUAUGGGGUUUGUCUGGACUUUAAGUAGGUUCAUCCUUUGAGUGGUGAAAGAAAGCCAACAGCCUCACCAGCCAAUGUGGCAAUCGGCCUAGUAGGGGUUCAUUGGGAUAGUUUAUAAACACGAGUCCUGGAAAACGAUGGGCCAUCUCUGAUCAAGUCCAGGACAUGGUAGGGCUAAAACAGACUGGUGGGCGACAGAGAAUCAGAAGGUUUGAUUCAGCUGACAGCGACGGUUAAAAGCUUAGAAACGGCGACGCUGUUUGGCCUGACAUAACCCCACUAAACGUUUUAUAGUCUGUUAGGAUCCACUGACCUCUUGUUCUGUGUGUUUCCAAUAAUAACACAAUUUUUAAACAUUUUCCACACAAAAACAGAGUAUUCAAGGGCAUAAAAAAAGUUUAAACUUCGGAGCCUAACGUAUAUAUUUGGGGUUAGCAAAGAGACAAGUAAAAAAAACAUGUUUUUGUCUAAAGUAAUUGCAAUUUUUUUCUUUUGGCUAGCUCUGUUUGACACUAACAUGGUUUUCUGUCUCACUUAUGUUAGCCUUCGUCCCACUGAUGAUCAACAUUUCCAGUUUGAGUAGUUUUAAAUGGCUAAAGUCAGCUAACCACCUGUUAGCCUUUCACCACUCUCUUGAUGUUUUUUCUACAAGCUCCAUACAUCUGUCUAAAAAAAGAUCGAUUCUACUGACAAUAACCUCAAUGAAUCCAAAGUGACCGUUUAAGCUUCUCCAGAUCCAAUCAGUAGCUCCGUUUCCUGUGAGGAUUCUCAAAAUUCCCACCAACCGAACUCACAGAUGUCCAAAGCUGACUUCUCAUGAAGGGGUUUGGUCAGAGAGAAAAGAAAAUUAUGGAAUCACUCAAUAUUGUGGAGGGAAAUAUAGAAUCAUCCUUUUUAUUUGCAGCGGUCUUAUUCCUGGUAGAUAAGGAGGCUGUUUCUGCUUCAACAAGGUAAAUCUUCAACAGUGCUGCAGAAGAUGAUGGCUGUUUCCAGUUUUUUUUGG